CUAGUCUCCAACACUUUCAAGAUUGGAUUUAAAGUUACUUUUUCACCGUAGUUGUGCUCGUUUCUUCAACUGUUGAAACAUUCAGAAAAAUGGAAGGGAAGAUGAGUUUCACGGUGGCCGAUGCGGUGGACUACAAGGGUUUCCAGGCUGACAAAUCAAAAACGGGUGGUUGGAUUCCAGCUGCACUCAUUCUAGGGAUUGAGAUAUGCGAGAGGCUAUCAACCAUGGGGAUUGCAGUUAACCUUGUGACAUACUUGAUUGGAACAAUGCAUUUACCCAGUUCAACUUCAGCCAACGUUGUCACAGAUUUCAUGGGCACAUCUUUUCUAUUGUGUUUGCUCGGUGGUUUUCUUGCCGAUUCAUUCCUCGGAAGAUACAGAACAAUUGCUAUAUUUUCCCUUAUACAAACACUGGGGACUGGCACAUUAGCACUGGCUACAAAGCUGCCACAGUUACGCCCAGCACCAUGCAAUGGAUCUGCUCCCCAUGCAUGCAAACCAGCCAAUGGAUUUCAGAUGGGAAUUUUGUACCUGACUCUAUAUAUAAUUGCACUGGGAACUGGUGGUCUAAAAUCGAGUGUUUCGGGCUUCGGAACCGAUCAAUUUGAUGAAAAAGAUGAGAAGGAGAAGUCCCAGAUGGCUUAUUUUUUCAACAGGUUCUUCUUCUUCAUCAGUAUUGGAACCUUGAUGGCUGUCACGGUGCUUGUUUACAUACAAGAUGAAGUGGGUCGAAGCUGGGCUUAUGGGAUUUGCUCGGUUUCGAUGUUUAUAGCCAUCUUGAUAUUGUUAUCAGGGACCAAAAGAUACAGGUAUAAGAAAAGCUUGGGGAGUCCGAUAGUUCAGAUCUUCCAGGUCCUUGUUGCUGCAAUAAAUAAGAGGAAUAUGGAACUGCCUUACAGUGUUGAAUUGUUAUACGAAGACACUCCUGAAACAUCGAGAAUUCUUCAUACGGAUGGAUUCCAGUUCUUGGACAAGGCAGCCAUUGUUGGGGAAGGAGAUUUUGGGAGAUGCCUUCCAAAUCCUUGGAAACUUUGCUCGGUCACAAGGGUUGAGGAAGUGAAAAUGAUGGCGGGGCUUCUUCCAAUAUGGGCCACGACCAUCAUAUUUUGGACCACCUACGCACAAAUGAUGACCUUCUCAGUGGAGCAAGCCUCCACCAUGGAAAGAUCAAUUAGAGGUUUCCAAAUCCCAGCAGGUUCCCUCACUGUCUUCUUUGUGGGAGCGAUUUUGAUCACUCUGGCCGUUUACGAUCGUCUUGUUAUGCCAUUUUGGAAGAAAUUGAAAGGAAAACCAGGUUUCAGCAGCCUACAGAGAAUGGCCAUAGGAUUAGUACUGUCAAUUUUUGGAAUGGCCACAGCAGCGAUAGCCGAGGUGAAAAGACUCGCAGUGGCUCGAUCAACCGAUGCUAACACAGGAGCCCUGCCUGUAACCGUGUUCUUGUUGAUCCCACAGUUCUUCCUGGUGGGUGCUGGUGAGGCUUUCAUUUACACAGGCCAGCUUGACUUCUUCAUCACGCAAUCUCCCAAAGGGAUGAAAACCAUGAGUACCGGUCUGUUCCUUUCAACACUAUCGCUCGGUUUCUUCGUCAGCAGUUUAUUGGUAGCGGUGGUGAAAAGUGUGACGGGAAGCAGUAACGGUGGCCAUGGAUGGUUGGCUGAUAACAUAAAACAUGGCAGACUUGAUUGCUUCUAUGGACUUUUAGCCGUUUUGGGGAUCAUAAAUUUUGUUCUGUUCCUUGUUUCAGCGGCUUGGUACAAGCGCAGGAAACCCAAACCUGCCAUUCAAAUGGACACCAUUGUUAAUGGCUCCUCUUCUGAGGACAAGUGUUAGGCUACUCUAGGAUUGCAGAUUAUCAGUGUCAAAAGCACCAUACUAGUCGAAAUAGCAAGGAAAGUUACCGGAAUGAAGGGCGGUCGUGAUUGGCUGGCUCGUAGGAUCAAUGAUGGUCAUGAUUGGCUGUUUUAAGCCUCAUAAACUUGGGGUUAUUUCUUCUGUGUACCAAAAUGUACAAGCCAAAUCCAGGAGAAUAUGCUCUUAAAAAGGAC